UUCAAUCUUCUACGUACUCUCGAUAUACAUACUUAUUUGUGAAAUGGCUUCCAACUCCACGAGCUAUAACACUACUUGGACACGUAAGGAGAAUAAACUGUUUGAAAGGGCAUUGGCUAAAUAUGACCAAGACACUCCUGACCGUUGGCAUAACGUUGCCAGAGCAGUUGGUAGCAAAUCAGCUGAAGAAGUAAGGCGACACUAUGAGCUCCUCAUUAGGGAUGUCAAUGACAUUGACUCAGGGCGUUAUCCGGAUCCCAAUUACCCUUCAGAUGGAAACAACCACUGAAAGUAUGUAAGGAACUCUAAAAGGGUCUUCUGAAGUCGACAAAGAUAUUUUAUCAAAGCAAAGAUAUUUAAAUGUAUUUACAUACUUAUUUUGGUGUUACGAUUAUGUAAGAAUCCUCUACUUCCGUGCUAAUCUAAAUCAAUCAGUGUGCGUUUUCAUGUAAGACUCGGACAAACUAGCUCGCCUCGAAUCCUAUAUCCAUUCUUCUUACACAUAUCAUUAAAAUCCAAUUAAAAAAAAAUAAAGAUCGGACGAUUAUAAAACCACUGAGAAAACGAUUCCGAACAUGUUUUGGUUCUUUUU